GUGAAACUGAAAUCGACUUCGCACGUUGCACUGACGACGAAAAGGCGUAGGAUAUUAUUUAAAGUACCAUCAACCUCUCAAAAGAUAUGGAAGAGAAGCAGAGAGCAAGAUUUUCAUCUCCAGAAAUCAGCUGUGUGUCUAUGAUGAGUAACCACUCCAUGCCCCAGCCGAUAGAAUUCAGUGAUGGAUCGAAGACGUCCACCCCCAGAAAGCAGAUAACAGCACCAUCUCAAGAACUCAGCUGUGUGUCUAUGAGGAGUAACCACUCUAUGCCUCAACCUAUUGAAUUCAGUGAUGGAUCGAAGACUUCCAACCCCAGAAAGCAGAUUACAGCACAAUCUCCAGAACCUAGCUGUGUGACAAUGAAGAGUAUGCACUCCAUGCCCCAGCCUAUAGAAUUCAGUGAUGGAACAGUGAACUUGACAAGUAGGAAGAGACUGCUCCAGGUUCAGUCCAGAUGUAGAAUUUGUAAGCAGGGUCUAACAGAUAUCACUUGUGGACAUUGCAUCAAGUGUUACCGGGACCAGGCCAGUCAAUCACAGGACUUUGAUUGUCUGAAAUGCAGAAAGAGAUUAAAAACACAACCUGUUAUACAUGAUAAUAAAGACAUGAUAGAAUUGAAUUGUGCUCAGCGCUGUACAGACCCAGACCUGCUGGAGGAGACUGGAGACCUGCAGGUGGAUUCUCACCAACCAGAUGUUCUGCAGAGAGUCAAAGACCAGCACAAAACCAGCAUGAGGAUCAAGUAUGAGAGUUUAUUUGAGGGAAUUAAACUACAAGAAAAUCAAAACCUUCUGAACAGGAUUUACACACAACUUUAUAUCAUAGAGGGAGAGAGUGAAGGAGUGAAUGAAGACCAUGAGGUUUUACACAUGGAGAAAAGUUACAAGACACGUCAAGAAAACACUUCAAUCAACUGUAAUGACAUCUUUAAACUCUUACCUGAAACAGGAUUUUGGGAGAAGAGAAAAACAAAGACUGUUCUUACUAAAGGCAUCGCUGGAAUUGGAAAAACGGUCUCUGUGCAGAAGUUUAUUCUGGAUUGGGCCGAGGGAACAGCCAAUCAGGAUGUAGAUUUCAUGUUUGUGCUUCCAUUUCGAGAGAUGAACUUAAUAAAAGAUGAUCAGUACAGUCUUCACAAACUUCUGCUUGACUUUCAUCCUGAACUUCAAGAUCUGGACUCAAAAAUGUAUGAUGAGUGUAAAGUUGUGUUCAUCUUUGAUGGUCUGGAUGAAAACAGAAUAACAUUGAUUUUUUCAGAUGUUAAGAAAGUUUUUGAUGUGACCCAGAUGUCAUCAGUUGGUGUGUUGAUGUCAAACCUCAUCAGAGGAGAUCUGCUCCCCUCUGCUCACAUCUGGAUCACCUCCAGACCAGCAGCAGCCAAUCAGAUCCCUUAUGAAUAUAUCAACCGUGUGACAGAAAUCCAAGGAUUCAAUGAUCCUCAGAAAGAGGAAUAUUUCAGGAAGAGAAUCAGUGAUGAACUGCAAGCCAACAAAAUCAUCUCACACAUUAAAGGAGCAAGAAGCCUCCACAUCAUGUGUCACAUACCAGUCUUCUGUUGGAUCUCAUCUACUGUGCUUCAAAACAUCCUGAAACAAGAUCACAGUGCAGAAAUCCCUAAAACUCUCACUGAAAUGUAUGUACAGUUCCUUCUCAUUCAGAUAAAUAUGAGUAACCAGAAGUAUGAAAGAAAAGAAGUGAGAGAUCCAGCAAAACUUCUGCAGUCCAAUAGAGAAGUAAUUGUGAAACUGGCUGAACUGGCCUAUGAACAGCUGAAGAAGGGCAAUGUGAUGUUUUAUGAGGAGGAGCUGAGCGAUUGUGGGAUAGACAUCACUGACGCCGCAGUGUUUUCUGGGAUCUGUACUGAGAUUAUUAAGGAGGAAUCUGUGAUUCAUCAGAGGAAAAUCUACUGCUUCAUACACCUGAGCUUUCAAGAAUUUCUCGCUGCAUUCUAUGUUUUUUACUGCUUUAUAAAUAAAACUUCUGGGGCUCUGAAAGAGUUUGAUUUACUUGCUAAUCUCCAUAAGGGGGUGAUUGACGCCGCCCUCCGAAGUGAGAACGGACAUCUGGAUCUUUUCCUCAGAUUUCUGUUAGGCAUCUCGCUGGAGUCCAAUCAGAGACUCUUACAAGAUCUACUGAUCCACACAGAGAGCAGUUCAGAGAGCAUCCAGAAAAUCAUUGCUCACAUCAAAAACAAAAUCAAAACUGAGCAUGAUAUUAAAGCCGGCAGAUCCAUCAAUCUGUUCCUCUGUCUGCUGGAAAUGAACGAUCAGACUUUGUCUAGAGAAAUUCAAGAGUAUUUGGAAUCAGGGAAAGACACCAAGAAUAAGCUUUCUGCUUCACACUGCUCAGCAAUAGCGUACUUGCUUCAGGUGUCAGAGAACGUGCUGGAGGAGCUGGAUCUUAUGAAAUACAACACAUCACUGGAGGGUAGAUGGAGGCUGUUACCAGCUGUGAUAAACUGCCGAAAAGCUCUUCUUGCUGGCUGUGAUCUUACUGGUCAGUGUUGUGAAAUUGUGGCUUUAGCUCUACAGUCCUCAAAUUCACUCCUGAAAGAACUGGACCUGAGUAACAAUGACCUGCAGGAUUCAGGAGUGAAGAUUCUCUGUGAAGGCCUCAAGAGUCCAAACUGUAAAUUAGAGAUACUGAGAUUAUCUGGCUGUAUGGUGACAGAUGAAGGAUGUUGUUCUUUGGCUUCAGCUCUGAGUGUAAACUCCUUACACCUAAAAGAGUUGGACCUGAGCUACAACAACCCGGGACCUUCAGGAGUUCAGCUGCUCUCUGAUAGACUCAAUGAUCUCAAACUCAAGUUAGACCCUGCUGGAAGUUUCACGAUCAUACCAGGACUACGUAAAUACAUUUGUCAUCUUACACUGGAUCCAGACACAGCAAACACUCGUCUCGUUCUGUCUGAGGAGAGGGGAACGUUGAUUUGUGUAAAAGAGGAUCAGUCGUAUCCUGAUCAUCCCGACAGAUUUGAGAAUCAUGAACAGGUUAUGUGUAAAGAGCGUCUGUCUGGACGCUGUUACUGGGAGUUUAAAUAUACUGGAGGGGCUUAUGUUGCACUGACUUAUAGAGGAAUUAAAAGGAAAGGAGGAAAUUACUGUGUAUUUGGAUGGAAUGAUAAGUCCUGGAGUCUUUUCUGUACUGUUGACAGAUUCAGUGCUUGGCACAAUAAUCAGAAAAGAGACAUUCAUGUCCAGUCAGAGUGUGACAGAGUCGGAGUGUAUCUGGAUGAGCCAGCCGGCAUUUUGUCAUUUUACACAAUCUCUGACACACACACGCUCACACACUUACACACAUUUCAAACCACAUUUACCGAACCCCUAUAUGCUGGGUUUGCUGUUUAUGGUACAUUGUCUCUGUUAGACUGAACAGCCUGCAUUAUUAACAGAAGAGACAUUAAUCUGUUUAACAUUAUGUAAAGCUGCUUGGGAACACUGGGAGGUCAUUUUACAGACAAGGCUUAUGUGUAUAAUCCCAGACUAAAAUGUUACUAGAAGUUUGAGCUGUCUUAACUGAAAACAGCUUGUUAGUGUAAGGGGAAUAUGUGGGAGAGCAUUGCUAUUAUAUAAAUAUAUUGUAUUGCAAUAGAUAGCGUUUAAGUAUUCACAUUAAAUCGAAACUAAACAACAGGUUUAUAAAUUAAAAUAUAUAUUAAAUAACAGUAUUGACUUAAGUGGUUAAAAUGGUUACACUAUAAUUGGAAUAAUACAUGUUCAAAUAGCCUGUUUCCAAUGGGUAUGAGAUAUUACCUGAUAAAGAAAAGAGGAAUAAAUAAAAGCAGUGUUAGAAGAAAGAAAGGCACAAUUGUGAACUGAAGUCUUGGCCUAAUGGCCUAAAACCAAUUAUGCAAGCAAUCAUGACUUAAAUUUUGAAUGUUUGAUCCGUAACGUAACUGUUUUUGUUCAUUUAACUUAUUAACUUAUAAACACCAUAAACUUAAAAAUUCAAGUGCAUCAUAGGUGUCAUUUACACUGGGGACGCUGGGGACAUGUCCCCACCACUUUUUGAAAUGGCUGAUUUUGUCCCCACCACUUUUUGAAAGCAUUUGGUUAAAAUGUUCUAAAAAUUAAACAAUACCUGUGCUACUUACACUGCAAAAAAUGACUUUCUUACUUAGUAUUUUUGUCUUGUUUUCAGUAGAAACAGGGACGGAUUGGUAAUCUGUGCGUUCUGGAAAAGUCCAGAACGGCCGUUCAACGGAGGGCCGUCGCCCGGCCGAUUUCAAAACAAGUCUAAUAACGCAAUAUGAACAGCCAACAGCAGAGGCACUAAUACGAUCACUUAUAUGCUGCUACGUGUAAAAAAACAAGGAAGAAGAGUCGGCCUACUAGCCGUGAUUGGUCCACGGAUUCCCGGAAUUCGCCAGCGUCUAUGUUUGCGAGCCUGAGCAUCCACAGCCUGGUCAUGAUGAGGGACAGACCGAGUUAACUUCACAUCAGCAAGAGCUAAGUGCCAGUAGUAGCAGGACACGUGACAUUAUAAUAUAAUAUACACGAUAUAAAAAUAAAUAAAACUUGCGUGAAAAUUAACGUAAUGCGCAACUAGUGUUAGAGAAAGACGUGAUGUGAGUGUGUGCGCACGCGCUUGUGUGAGAGAGAGGCGCGAUUGAACAGUGGAAACAUAAAAACAAUACAUACUCUGUCAUUUUGUUCAUAUGGGACAUAAUUCAAACGGCAAAGUGUUUGCUUAUAUUUGUAUACAGUCGCAAUAAAACAAAACAUUUUGCUUUUGUCAAACUGUAAACUCCUGUCAAACUGUAACCUACAACUGUCAUCUAACCAAAAUCACACACAUCAAAGCAAAAAAUAUUUAUCCAACCCCGUUUAAAAACAGUCUGUGGGUGGACAUUCAUCGUAUUGCAUUGGUUUUCAUUUCUUUCAUUGACUUUAUUGUAUAGCCUCUUUCACACAGUAAUUCUAGUAAAUUACCAUGAAUUUACCAGAAUGAAUUUACCAGUAAAUACAAAAAUGUGCUGUUCACACAUGCAGUGACGUUCCGUCUUUUUACCAGUAAGACAUCAUUCACACAUUAGUAUCAAAAUACCGGUAAACUCGGAGAGAAAGCGGAAGUUACCUGUGGCGCGCGGCCGCGAGCUCCAUGUCGUAUUUGUACACAAUGGCGGGUUAUGACUUAAUAUCGUCGGUCCGUAUUUUGUUGUUUUCACAUCUGUGGCAAACGGUCGCAAGUUGCUCGUGACCAAACAACAUUACGUUAGGUGGCGUCAAACGGAACCUGUGUUUGCACAUUAGGCUUCACCGAGGGUGUGCUAAGGACGUCGGCAAUUUGGCAAACAUAUGGUAAGCUGUUUUAAACAACUUUGAAGAAAUGUGGAUGUUUACUUCAGUUGUGCUCGACUUUUAAGCAGCAUGGGUGUGGAAACGAACGUAAACAGUGCGGUGGUACACGCAUCAUCUGUUUAAAAACGUUCUGAUUGGCCCGAGCUGUCAGCGCGGUCUGACGUCGUUCGUUCUAAAUGCCGGUAAUCCUAUAUUUUUCGUUCACACAUAGCGCUUACCGGUAAAUUACUGGUAAUCUUACAACCUGUCUUACUGGUAAAUUGGGAGCACUGAUUUACCGGAAAGGUUCUGUUCACACAUGACAUGUUAACUGCAAUUUACCAGUAAAUUACCAGUAAAGACUGUAUGUGUGAAAGGGACUUAUGAGAGGUUGUAGUGAGCUCACAUUUUCUGCUACAAUGAAGACUAUUGAAUUAAACGGGUAAAUAUCAGGCAUGCAUUGCAACCACUCUAAACGUGCUACUAAGAAAGGGGGCUAAAUAAUUGACCAAAUAUUAGUUUAACAAAAAAAUCCUAGCUUGCAUUUUCUGUCUGUCUUCCAUCAGAGUGCAGUUUUUCCUUGUCUUUCAUAUUUGUGUUUAGUAUUGUGGAAUUGGCAAAGACCUGGUGGUUGUUUGUGAAAGCUGUAUAGACAAAAUUAAUAGGCCUAGCUAUUUUCAUUAUUUCACAGCCUUAUUAUACAUCAAAGUUUAAUAUGACAUGGACAAAAUAUUAAAUAUCCUUGUCUAAUAGUCUGACAGUAUUGUGGCAUAGUAUCAGGACAUCCUUGUGUCUGUUGCGCACGGCUAGGGGCGAAUGGCCGGAUGAUGGGCCUAUUUGGGAAAAAGUCCAGGGCUGUUUUUUAGCCCCAGUCCGUCCCUGAGUAGAAAUAUCUAAAAAUUCUUAAAUCAAGAUGUAUUUUCUUGAUAAGCAAAAUGACCAAAGAAAAUAAGUCUAGUUUUUAGACAAAAAUAUACAAUUUAAAUUAAGUGUUUAAGAAAAAAGAAAUCUUAUUUUUAGAUUUUUUUCUCACCCUAUUGGCAGAUAUUUUUGCUUGUUUUAAUCACAAAUUCACUUAAGCAAAAAAAUUUCACCCCAUUGGCAGAUAUUUUUUCUUGUUUUAAGCACAAAUUCACUUAAAUUGUAUAGUUUUUGUCUAAAAACAAGACUUAUUGUCUUACGUCAUUUUGCUCAUCAAGA